GGCUCAAGUUCAGUUUAAAGCUGCGGCAAUCGAACUAACGCCAUGGAGUUGCGGCGAAGCCAGGCAUCCAUCCUCAGCGGCAUCGUGCUUUGUGCAUUGGUGUCGUUGAGUUUUCAGGCAUUCGUUCAUGUGGUUCAGCCGCGGAGUGUGCCGAAGACAGCCAUGAGGGUCAAGGUCUUCGACUUCCCCUUCCUCAACAACCAGCCAGAGCAGGACCCAGAUGAGGCCGGCACGCGAGCUGCACGGCAACCAGAAGAUAGUAGCCGUGUGGUGGAAGUGAACAUGCCCUUGGGCAUUGAGUUUGAGGAGCGUGAAGGAGGUGACAUCUACAUCAAAUCUGUGGACAAGUCCAGCGAUGCAUAUGCCCAAGGAGUGCGGAGUGGAGCUCAGUUAGUGAUGAUCAGCGCCACAUUCGGAGAUGAAAUGUGGAGCACUCGGGGUGUGGGUCUAAAACAGUUUAUCACAGUGGUGAACUCUCGCUUCGGCGGUACCACCAAGCUUGCCUUGGAGAAAGAAGACCAGAACGUCAUCCAAGCCUUCAUGGAGGCCUUUGCACCUGCUCCCGCUCCUCAAAUGGACGAGAAAAAGCAAAACGACUUAGAGAAGAUCUUCGACGAGGAGGAGGAAAAGCUCAAGAACGGCCCUGGGAUGUGGAAUCCCUUCCGAUGAGCAGACAGUCGUUGGUUUUCCCGCCAUGUUCCCGGACAGUUCACCUCAUUUUCGGCGCGACGCGCCCGCAAGACAAAAGACGUGUUCCACGC